UCCUCUCUCUCUCUCUCUCUCUCUCUCUCUCUCCAAUGGCUGCUCUAGCAUUCUCCAUUGUUUCUCUUCUGCCCUUCUUCUUCAGUUUUUGCCUCCGCGGCACUUACGGUGACUAUGGAGGUUGGCAAGGUGGUCAUGCUACUUUCUACGGUGGGGGUGAUGCGUCCGGCACAAUGGGAGGAGCUUGUGGGUAUGGCAACUUAUACAGCCAAGGCUAUGGCACCAACACUGCAGCUCUCAGCACUGCUCUAUUCAACAAUGGGCUGAGUUGUGGGGCUUGUUAUCAAAUCAAAUGUAAUGCUGACCCACAAUGGUGCCUCCCUGGGACUAUCACUGUCACUGCUACUAACUUCUGCCCUCCCAACCCUUCUCAAUCUAAUGACAAUGGUGGGUGGUGCAACCCUCCCCUCCAGCACUUUGAUCUUGCAGAGCCUGCUUUCUUGCAAAUCGCCCAAUACAAAGCUGGAAUCGUCCCGGUGUCUUUCCAAAGAGUGCCCUGUGUCAAGAAAGGAGGCAUAAGGUUUACAAUCAAUGGCCAUUCUUACUUCAACCUAGUGUUGAUCAGCAACGUUGGCGGCGCUGGGGAUGUCCAAUCGGUGUCAAUUAAGGGGUCCAACACAGGAUGGCAACCCAUGUCAAGGAACUGGGGCCAAAAUUGGCAAAGCAACAGCUACCUCAAUAGCCAGUCUCUCUCCUUUCAAGUUACCACAAGUGAUGGAAGAACCGCCACCAGCUACAACGCAGCACCAGCUAAUUGGCAAUUUGGGCAAACAUUCGAGGGGGAUCAAUUCUAGGUUUUCAUGAGAAAGAUUACAAAGUUUGUAUAUGAUAUUGAAUUUCAGGGUGGGUAGGUUUGGGAGAGACUCGGAGAAUUUAGAGUCUAUUGCUGUGGUGGUUAACUAGCACCCGCUUAGGCCUACAUAUAAUUUUUUUUUUUUUUCUCCGUGGCAUAGCACAACUUUAUUGCUGUUAUGCAAUAAAGGUUAGUUAUAGUUACCUUCAAACAGAGAUGUUCAGUUUGUAGGCCUUAGAUUGGAAUCAAGGCUAUAGAUAUUUAUUUGGCAGCCUUAGAUUGAAAUCAAGCCUGCAUGAAUAUCAUAUAAAGUUUGCAGAUUUAAUGCCCAAGUGGGCAUAAAAACCGAGUUGGGGCAACUUGAUAUUAAUGAAUUUAGGUUUCAAUGCAUUGAUCCAUUUGUGCA